UGGGGAGGCAGCCAGAGGCGAGGGGCCAUGGCGGAGCUGCAGCAGCUGCAGGAGUUCGAGAUCCCCACGGGCCGGGAGGCCCUGCGGGGCAACCACAGCUCCCUGCUGCGGGUCGCAGACUACUGCGUGGACAACUAUGUGCAGGCCACAGACAAGCGGAAAGCGCUGGAGGAGACCAUGGCCUUUACCACCCAGGCACUGGCCAGUGUGGCCUACCAAGUCGGCAGUCUGGCGGGACACACUCUGCGGAUGCUGGACCUGCAGGCGGCCUCGCUGCGGCAGGUGGAAGCCCGUGUGAACACGCUGGGCCAGAUGGUGAACAUGCACAUGGAGAAGGUGGCCCGAAGGGAGAUCGGCACUUUGGCCACGGUCCAGCGGCUGCCCCCUGGCCAGAAAGUCAUUGCCCCCGACAGCCUCCCACCCCUCACGCCCUACUACAGGAGACCCCUCAACUUUGGCUGCCUGGAUGAUAUUGGUCAUGGGAUCAAGGAUCUGACCACGCAGCUGUCGCGGACCGGGACCCUCUCGCGAAAGAGCAUCAAGGCGCCUGCCACGCCGGCCUCCGCCACCCUGGGGAGGCCACCCCGGAUUCCCGAGCCGGUGCUGCUCCCCGUGGUGCCCGAGGGCAAACUCUCCGCCGCUUCCUCUGCCUCUUCCCUGGCCUCGGCAAGCAGCGGCGAAGGCGUCGGUGGGGUCUCCACGACCAAGGGGCAGGCAGCACCCCCACCCCCACCUCUCCCCAGCCCCCCGGCCCCACCCCCUCCACCGGCCUCUGAGGUCUUCCUGCCGCCCCCUCUGCUGGAGGAAGUGUCCCUGCCCUUGCCCGCACCAGAGUUGCCUCCGCCCCUGGAUCUGCCCCCUCCUCCGCCCCCGGAUCUAGAUGAAUUGGGGCUGCCACCUCUGCCCCCACCAGACUUCGGCCCUGAAGAGCCUAGCUGGGUUCCUGCUUCCUACCUGGAGAAAGUGGUGACACUGUACCCAUACACCCGCCAGAAGGACAACGAGCUCUCCUUCACUGAGGGGACCAUCAUCUGCAUCACACGCCGCUACUCCGAUGGCUGGUGUGAGGGCAUCAGCUCGGAGGGGACUGGAUUCUUCCCAGGAAACUACGUACAGCCCAGCUGCUGACAGCCUGCGGCUCUCUGAGCUCCCGACCCAGGCACGGCCCUCAUCGAGCCUCUGGAGCUCCAGUACAAAGCCAGUUCCAUGGUCAAGGCUGGACUAGGUGUGCCCACCUCUUGGCCUGGGAGCUGGGUCUGUCCCUUCCCCUCAUUUUGGUGGGAAGGGGGCUCUGGGGAGAGGAUGUACCCA